AGCCUCCCAGCAUUGCAGGAGAAAGGAUCAGAGAAGCCAAGAGACCUUCUACCCACAGAGCAUCAAAAGCCGACAGGAAACAACCUCAAAAAAUGGUCCCAGAGACCUGCAUGCCAGAACCCAUGUGCCUCAUUGAGAAUGUGAAAGGACAACUGAGAGUCAAUCAGAAGGCCCUGGAGAUCCUGUCGGCCAUCACGCAGCCAGUGGUCGUGGUAGCAAUUGUGGGGCUCUACCACACAGGCAAAUCCUACCUGAUGAACAGGCUGGCUGGGAAGAAGACGGGCUUCUCCCUGGGCUCCACUUUGAAGUCUCACACCAAGGGCAUAUGGAUAUGGUGUGUGCCUCAUCCCAAGAAGCCUGACCACAGCCUGGUUCUGCUUGACACUGAGGGCCUGGGAGAUGUGGAGAAAGGUGACAACCAGAAUGACUGCUGGAUCUUUGCUCUGGCUAUACUUCUAAGCAGCACCUUUAUCUUCAACAGCAUGGGGGCCAUCAACCAGCAGGCCAUGGGUCAACUGCAAUAUGUGACAGAGCUGACAGAUCGGAUCAGAACAACAUCCUCAUCUCGUAGCAAUGGAGUUGAGGAUUCAGCUGAGUUUGUUGGCUUCUUCCCUGACUUUGUGUGGACCCUGAGGGAUGUGACCGUAAAACUGGAAGUAGAUGGACAAAUGCUCACAGCAGAUGAGUACCUGGAGAAUUCCCUGAAUCUCAAGAAAG